UUACAUAAUUCUCUACAGCUGAUUGGUGAAUAAUGGAGUGAAUUAUGUGUUUACAUAAUUCUCUCCAUUAUUCACCAAUCAGCUGUAGGAUCUGUUUACGACAAGAAAAUCUGUUUCUUGAUUGCAUCACAUACAAGAAAGUAGACAGACAAAGACUGCUCAGUGGUAUCAAACAGGUGAUCCAAAUAAAAUGGAUUUGAAUACUGAUAAGAAGUGGAUGAAUUUACUGCCAACGCACUUGAGUGGGUACAACCAAGCUUCAAACCUUGCUCAGAAUGAGAUGGUCCGCAAACUGGUAAAAGAAGGGGAAACAGUAUACCACUUCGGUUUUGGCCAGUCUCCCUUUCCAGUGAUGAAAGCUGCCCAGAAAGCACUUACUGAACAUACUGGAGAGAAUGCGUAUUUACCUGUUGCAGGUCUGCCAGAGCUACGUGCAAGCAUCUGUAAAUUUCAUGCUAAGGUUGACAACUUCAGCCAAUUUGAUGCUGAUGACAUCGUUGUUGGGCCAGGCUCCAAGGAGCUCAUCUUUUUGCUGAUGUUAGUCUUCAAUGGAGAUGUGAUGAUGCUUUCUCCAACAUGGACGACAUACAAACCUCAAGCGUUGCUUACUCAGAAGAAAGUACAUGUUAUUCCUACCUCCUUUGAUAAUGAUUGGAAGCUAACACCUAUGGCAUUUCUAAAGGCUAUCACAAAUAAUAACUUGGAAAAGAAGAAUAAACUACUUAUCCUGUGUAAUCCAGAUAAUCCAACGGGAACUUGCUAUACAGAACAGGAACUGGAGUCUCUCAGCGAGGCGUUCCGUGAGCAUCAAGUUAUUGUUAUUACUGACGAGAUCUAUGCUAGGUUGAAGUUUGAUGCUAAGCAUGUCAGUCUAGCAAAGUACUACCCAGAAGGUACCAUUGUGAGCAGUGGAAUUUCAAAGUGGGCAAGUGCUGGGGGCUGGCGGCUUGGAUACAGCAUGUACCCCAAAGAGCUGUCUGUCUUGAAGAAUGCAGUCAAAAGUGCAGCUAGCCAUACAUAUUCCUGUGCAUCAGCUCCCAUCCAACAUGCUUCAUUGACGGUGAGUGAAACACUUCAAAUAUCACAUUAUUUUGCCUAUUGUCUCUUUUUUCUGCACAGUGCUUUUGAAAAUACUGUACAUCUAACAAAUUAUGCAAACUGUAAAGAAAAGUUGAUAAUUUAUAAUUUGUUUGUGUUAUAUUUAUGUAGAGAGUUGACAAGUGUUGGGGUGAAGGUGAUGAGGUCACAGGCUGGUUACUAUAUGCUGCCCGACUUUGAAAUUCUACGUCCGUACUUGAAGAAACGUGGCAUCUCUACCUGCCAGCAGUUGUGUGAUGCACUCUUUGAUGAAGCCAGAAUUGCUGUAAUCGGUGGAGGACCAUCAUUUCUACGACCAUUGGAUGAGUUCACUGUUCGUUUCUGCUUUGUGUCGUUCAAUGGGGAGGCAGCGUUGGAAGCUAGCAGACUAAUUGGCCAAAAAGAUCUUCCUGAUGACUUUGUUGCUGAGAAUUGUCAGAACGUUGUAGAUGGUGUACAGGCCCUCAAGAACUGGAUGAACAAACAGAUGACCUUGGCAGAUUAAUAACUACUUUUAUCAUAAUCAAUUUAUUAGUCUUUAUGAAAAUUACAUUUGUAAUAUCAUGGUUGCUGUUGUUUUAAGUAUCUAAUUAGCUGACGAUACCAAAACUACAUGUAAAAAGAAAUUAGUAAUCAUCAUUAACAACAAAACUAUAUUUGUUGUUUGGAAACGUCUGUGAUUUCCUUAUUAGUAAUUUCCAAAACCUUGAUUAGUGAGACUGCUUUUGUGUGUAGCAAGGGUUAAUAUGACACAGGACGCGUUCAAGCCGACUAGGUGGGUUACAAACCCAUUUUUAAAUUAUUAGUAAAAAGGAGCAAUUGCGUGAGAGGCUUUGAAAAUAACUCCAAAGCUCUUUUGUGAACAAUUAGAAAUCCCAUCCCCUUUGGAAAACCUGCCUACAGGCUUGAUAUUGCAUAUAGUGAUAUAUUGAUUAACAGAGAAAUCUUAUACUAAUGUGUACACAUAUACGUAAAAAAAAAAAAAAAAAAAAAAAAAAAACGCAUGUCUAAAGCAUCAUCUUUUAUGAAUUACUUGGCUCUUCUUGCUUAUACUCAAAAACUGAUUGAAUCUGAUUGUUAUAUUUUUUUCACAAAAUUCACUCUACAUAUUUUGUACCCUGCAUCCGCCCCAGCUAUCAGGCAUAGUUUUUCUCACUGGUCCCAGUGUGCUUUAAUAACCAAGUAAUGAGUCUUACUAACCAUGGAUAUGGCAGUAAAGCUGGUUUUCCACAGGAAUCAAAACAGCGGUCGCUUCCUGAGCUCUGAUUGGUUGCGCAUUUUUUCGCUUCACGAAAACUCCGAUAUAAAUGUGAAUGCGCAUGUGCAUGAACCGAUGCUUUUGAUUCGCUCAAAUAAAUUCGCCAAGUGGAGAACAGGCUUCAGAAGUGAUUGUAACAGCAGCCUAGUGAUUAAUGAAAUAUCAGAAACAAAAUAAUGAGUGUGUGAGGUUACUAAACCAUAAAAGCAAAUGUUCUAGUAUUCUGCAAUUAUAAACCAAAACAUAUAUUUUUACAUUUUAAAUUAGAGUAGAACCCCUAUUUUUAAGGUGAUAUCAAAUUGUCACCUUAAUGAGGGUGUCCCCUGGAUAAGGAUACCCCUAUAUUUUGAGUACACCAAUCAGAACUGAAAUUAUCCCCUUUGUAAGGGGUUUUUGACAUAGCCAUAUCGAUGUCUUAGAUUCUUUAUGAUAAUAUUUUAAUUGACCUAAGAACGAAUUGCAACAAAAUUAAACUAAUUUGUAUGAUUACUUGCAAUGUAAAUAAAAUAUAUUAUGAUAUGAUGCCAUAUCAAAUUAAAUGUAAGUAAUUGAAACAAAA